CUUUGGUCUUGUACCUUAAGCUGCCAUUACCUACAACCAAACCUCAAGCCCGCCCUCACCCACACCCACACCCACGCCCACGCCGCCAUUGAGCUAUCCUCACCACAGCGAACUGCUACUCGCCGACGAGACAUCAUCUGCGAACCGCCAAACUAAAGUCGACACACUUUAUUAUCACGGUCCUACCAAGCCUCGCCGUUUUAUUUUUAUUUUUUCAGUAAUACAUCCGACGCCAUGUCGUCGCCCUUCUCUAUAAACGGCGGCGCCUGCGUAGCCAUGGUAGGCAAGGACUGCGUCGCCAUAGCCUGCGAUCUGCGUCUGGGUCUGCAAGCCCUCACCGUCUCCAACAACUUCCCCAAGAUCUUCCAGUACGGCGACGUAUUCCUCGGGCUCACCGGCCUGGCCACCGACGUGUCCACGGUGUCGGACCUGUUCCGGUACAAGGUGAACAUGUACCGCCUGCGCGAGGAGCGCAACAUCGCCCCCACCACCUUCGCCAACCUCGUCUCUUCCUCCCUCUACGAGCGCCGCUUCGGCCCCUACUUCGUCAGCCCCGUCGUCGCCGGCCUCGAGCCCAAGUCCGGCAACCCCUUCAUCUGCGGCUUCGACUCCAUCGGCUGCAUCGACUUCGCCAAGGACUUCAUCGUCAGCGGCACCGCUUCCGAGCAGCUGUUUGGCAUGUGCGAAAGCUUGUGGGAGCCCGAUCUGGGCCCCGAUGACCUCUUCGAAACAAUCUCGCAGGCUCUGCUAAGCGCCGUUGAUCGAGAUGCUUUAUCAGGCUGGGGCGCGCAUGUGUACAUUAUUGAGAAGGAUAAGGUCACCAAGCGAUUACUAAAGGGCCGACAAGAUUAAGAGACAUAUUAUAUCUGGUCCGGUGCUAUCUUAGGUCUACUAUCGUAUACUAGAUACCUCAUACGCAAGGUAGAUGGUAAUUCGAACGGGGUGGUUUGGUCAACUCCACGAAUAGAUAGGGACUAGAAAGAAAUAUUUACGGGGGCAAGGCAAAUCAGACAUAGCAAAUGAGCAGAGGCAGACACGAGAUGGCAAAUAGCCCGUUAUUGUACUGAUAUCAAAGGUAGUAACUUAAGCAAGAUGGCUAAAGUCAAGAUGAAAAACCUCACGCGGAAUCUCUUAUGCUACUUUUCGUUCCAUGAAUGC